AUGUAUUCUAUGAUAAAUAUUAUUUUUACUUUCAGAUCUGUAAGUGAUCGUUUUAAUGUUUCAAAAGCCACAUUAUGGUUCACAUGUAAGAAAGUUUUGGAGGCAAUUUCCAGUUUGUCUGGACAGUUUAUACGCUUUCCAUCAGGUGAUGAACUUGAAGCUAAUGCUUCUUCGUUCAAAAAAGCAUGUGGAUUUCCUGGUGUGAUUGGCUGCAUUGAUGGAUCACACAUACCAAUCAAGGCACCAACAAAUCAUCCAGAAUCAUAUAUAAACAGAAAAGGUUUCCAUUCAGUCUUACUCCAAGCUGUAGUGGAUUCUAGGUGCAGGUUCAUAGACUGCUAUGCAGGAGAAGUUGGAAGUGUCCAUGAUGCUCAUGUGUUUCAACGUUCUAAAUUGGGGAGAAGUUUGAGUACGAUGUUUCCACCAAAAUGCCAUCUUUUAGGUGACUCUGCAUAUCCCCUACAAGAACAGUUAAUAACGCCAUUUAGAGAUAACGGACAUUUAAGUCCACAGCAGCUAAAUUUUAAUCUCAAACACAGUAGAACAAGGAACACAGUGGAACGUGCCUUUGGUUUAUUGAAAGGACGUUUCAGACGUUUGAGAUACGUGGAUAUGGGCAACUCUUAUCUCAUACCAAUGUUUAUUAUGGCCUGCUGUGUGUUACAUAAUAUUUGUUUAUUUUAUGAUGGAGAUUUACAGGAUGAAACUGUAAUUGAAAAUGACAACCCUAGUGAAUCCAUACCAGAUUCAAGUAGUACAUGUGCUCGAGCACAGAAUAAAAGAAAUAUAUUAAUGCAAAUGUUGUAAAAAUCUGUUUACAACAUACAGUAUUGAUGUUUAUUGUUAUUAUUGAUGUAUAUUGUUGUUGUUAUUUUGGUAUUUGAUUAUUCUGAUUUGUUACUGUUAAUUACUUUUUAAUAAUCUGAAAUAAAAAAUUAUAAAACAAUGUUGUUGUUGGCUGCCUUGAAUAAUACAUACAUUGCCACUGUUCUUUUAAAUGAAUCUUAUCUAAUUGGUGAAAAAUUUUUUGUGUUUAAAUCAUAGUGCAAAGAGAGAUUUUGUUAACAUUUAAUAGAAUUUUUAUUUUUCAACCAAACUCUUUAAGACACCUAAUAGGUCUUUGCGGAAUUCCAUGUUGUCCUCAUGCUGUUUCCUCCUUAAUUCUAAUAAUUCAGCAUGUCGCUGUCUUCUUUCUUCUCUGGAUUUUUCCUUCAGUUCUUUAUAUUCCCCAAACCAUUCUGGUUUGCGCUUACGUUUUUGUGGAAAUUUGGGAAGAGAAGAGACAGUUGAUGAUGUUGACUCAA